AAUGUAAGAUUUUAAAACUAAAAAAUAACGGAGCCACAUAAGGGUUAACAUAGUUACAAGCUUCGAUAAGUAACUGUUUAAUUCCCGAUUUUUUGUGAGUCCAUUUAUUAGUUAGCUUGGAUUUUCAGUUAUAAACUAUAGCAGAUAGAAAUUAUAAUGAAUUUAUAAAUAUGCUAUUAUUAUAUUGAUUAUUGGCACGAGAAUCUAGAUUUAACACUCGGCGAAAUGGGUAAUACAAAUACAUUCAAGGACAUGAAGGAUUACCCAACGAAAAUCACUAUAAUUACAGAUAGGAAUAAUGAAUUGCAAAAUAAGCUAUCCACAAGCAAUGAUAAAUAUCUGGACUUAAAGCAUGAAAUAAUGGAAGUUAAAGUUGAGGAUCUGGCAAACCAAGAUAUUGAGAUGGAAGAUCAGGUACCAAAGGAUCUGGAGAAGCGAGCUGCGAAUCACAAUCAUGAAAAGCAGUGCGUCGGAAACCAGUUGCCAACUAGAAACCCCGGCCAAUCGACUCCACCUCGUCCAAGUCGCGUGAUUCCACCCAUGCCGUCGGAGGAAACGAUGCGCCACUCCAUAGCCGACAACCUGAUGGAGAUCCUGGUAAAUAUGUCUAAUCCGCAGCAUCGACAACAGUGCUUCUCCCUCUUGCAGGUGGGCGAUGCUCUGCAGGCACGCAGCCGAAUCCUGGGCAUUCUGCAGCAAAUCGACGAGAGGCGGAUAACGCGCAACUGA